GAAAACCAGUACUAGGUCAUUGCUAAGUAGGGUGCUAAGGGAUCAGGUUAACUAAGGUUAGCCAUAAAAGCCAAUAACACUGUAUUGCUCUGGUUUUUUAUUUACACAAGCGCUGAGGGGCAUAGCCAUAAACAGCUACAUUGCUGUUUAUGAAGGAAGACAGUUAUGCCUUGGCGAUGAAUGGACGGCGUUCUGAGAGAGGCUGUGUUCAUUGGUUUUUAUUAGGUUGUUUGUUCCCUUAUGUUCUCUAACAAACCUCUGAGGGCUUCACAGAACAGCUGGAUUUGUAGUGAGAUUAAAUUACACAUGCCGACAAUUUAAUAAUUAGGCGACCUCUGAAGGUAAAUGGUUGAAACUGAGUUAAAUUAGGGGCUUCAGAGAAAGGAGGCUUGAUUCCAAUGCAUGCUACUCUUUCAGAAUUGUAAAAAAAUGCUAAAACGUUGUAUAAUUUUUUUCUACCACAUAAUUAUGUUACAAAUUUGUUAGUCUGUCUCAUAAAAUCUCAAUAAAUACAUAAAUGUUUGUGCUUGUGAAAAAAAGGACGCAAAGAGUCCUUUUGGGGCCGAAAGAGACAGUUCUUUUAGAAGAGUCGAGUCAUAUGAUGUAGAUCUCGAAAAUGAGCCGCAAUUCCCACCACCGUUACAACCAUUAGGUUGUAAAAAAUGUUUCAAGCUUUUAUUGGAAAGCGAAGAAGAAUUCAGAACAAGUAGGUGUUUAUAUUCCUUUGGGGGGGAAAAAAGCGUCCAUGAGACCCAGGGCUGCUGCAGGUUAAGAGGAAUGAGCAAUGCAGCUAGCAGCGCUGAUGAUGUUCAUAAAUCAGUUCACAGCUGGAUGAACUGGCUGCGCUGAGUGGAAGAGCUAAGCUAACGAUGGGCAGUGGAUUAUCGCUCCAGCUGGGAUUCAGUCUUCCUGUUAUCAGAAAAUAAUUAUUAAUAAAGAGGAAUGGCAAUUAAUAAGAACACCACUUCCUGCCCGGAGUCUCCCGUUUAUUGACCACCCACAGUGAGACACUAACUCGUUUUAUCCGUGGAAUGACGACGCUCGUUACGGCCGUCCACCUCAGCAGAGCGCUCGGGAUCCGGUGAUGCUGUCGGUCGGUGCCCUAAUCGGGACAGAGCUCCCACUCUGUUUUAGAAACCAUGAAAAGCCGUGAGUAUCAGCAGAUCGACCCGCAGGCACUCCCGACACCCACGCAGACCCCUCUGCCUCACCAUCACCAGGCUGACGGCGUUGACAGGAGGAAAGAGCCGCGGACACCCAGGAGAAAGUGGGAAGUUUUCCCCGGGAGGAACCGCUUCUUCUGCGAUGGACGGAUUAUGAUGGCCCGUCAGAGUGGGGUCUUCCCCCUCACUCUGGGCCUUAUCUUCCUCACAAGCGGUUUAUUUUUUAUAUUUGACUGCCCAUUUCUGGUCAAACACCUGACCCGCUGUAUACCUGCUAUUGGAGGGGUCCUAUUUGUGUUUGUGCUCAUCACGCUGCUCCAGACCAGUUUCACUGACCCUGGAAUCCUACCUCGAGCGACGCCGGAGGAGGCCGCAGACAUCGAGAGGCAGAUUGACGACACAGGAAACACCAGCUAUCGGCCUCCACCACGCACCAAGGAGGUCCUCAUCAACCAGCAGGUGAUCAAGCUCAAGUACUGCUUCACCUGCAAGAUGUUCCGGCCUCCUCGCACAUCCCACUGCAGCCUGUGUGACAACUGUGUGGAGAGGUUUGACCAUCACUGCCCCUGGGUGGGGAACUGUGUCGGGAAGCGCAACUACCGUUUUUUCUAUACCUUCAUUGUGUCCCUCUCCUUCCUGACAGCGUUCAUCUUUGGCUGUGUGACUACACAUCUGGCUUUGAGGGCCCAGGGAGGGAAAGGCCUGGUGUUUGCCCUUCAGGAGAGUCCUGGCAGUGCAGUGGAGCUGGCUAUAUGCUUCUUCUCAGUCUGGUCCAUCUUGGGCCUCUCAGGCUUCCAUACUUACCUUGUUGCUUCCAAUCUGACCACCAAUGAAGACAUCAAAGGCUCCUGGUCAGGGAAGACCGGAGAAGGUGUAACUAACCCCUACAGUCAUAGAAACAUCUUUAUCAACUGUUGUUCGGUUCUCUGUGCACCUAUGCCACCCAGCUUGAUUGACAGACGAGGCUUUCUGCCUGCAGAUGAGUCAGCCCAGAUGAGCGGCGUGGACAUCGAGCUGCCCAAUCUAAACAAUAAAAGCGAGAUAAACGUGUGCACACAGGGAACUAAAGGCUUGCUGGAGUCAGCGGCUCUCUCUCCACUUUUGGCCACCUCGUGUCCUCAGGGGAAACCUCAGACAGCUCUUUCUUGCCCAGAUAACAGCUCCACGCUGAAGUCUGACCCCUCACUGGAGCUCUCCCAGAGAUGCGGCCAGGCCCACCCCAACUCCAAGACCUAUGGAAGUACUUCUCCUCCGCUCCGCACCAACACUGGCUUGCAUAAACACAAACAGGCUGCAUCACAUACUGCGAGGCUCACCUUUGACUCCCAUGUUUCCCCUGAUGGUGACCAUGGCUCCAAAGCCAGCGGCCACCAAGGAACCAAAUUUGCUACACUGCAUUGACUGAUUCUGGGGAUACUUUUUCAAAGGAAAGCAUUGUUGGAGACCUGCUUCAUGUAACAUAAUCAGACCUAAGAAACAUGGCAGUUUUCCUUAUUGCUGUCAGAAAAAGUUUCAGGCCUGAUCAACGAAUAUGAUUGUCAUCAGGAUCAGGGAUUAGAUUGUGAUCUGUGUGAGUGGAAGUUAUUGCAGAUGAAGUUAAUCAUUAUAGAUAUAGAAAGCACGCUAUAAACUUCAGCUUUAAGAUGUAACUAGAGUGGAGAUGGAGCUAUUUAUGGGGUUUUAAUGAGAUCUUAGGUCAAGGUCGAAAGGCCUGAGUUCAGAUCAGUAAAGUUGCUUUUAAAGGAAGCAUAAACUACCUUGAAGUUUUGGACUGGAGUUGUUUUAAGACAGUAGAAACCUGUUUUGGUCUUGGCCCCUUUUGGGACCAACUAAUCUGUAUUUUUACAAAUGAAGAUGCAAAAAGAGUUAUCUACUGCCAGUAAGAUAUUAACUGCUUACAAACUUUCAACUUAACCUCACUUAAAAAAAAAACCGAAUUACCCCUUUAAUCAGAAUCAGAAUCAGAAUCAGAAAAGCUUUAUUGCCAAGUACGUUUUUGGAUAUACAAGGAAUUUGUUUUGGCGUAGUCGGUCCAAUACAAC